GUGGUCACUGCACAUCGUAAUGAAAAUCUAGUUUUACGAUUGCGUUCAGAAGAUAACAGACGUUCCUUGCUUCAAUUCGUCGGUGCCGUGCAAAUUGACGGCACAGAAAUAAUGGUCGCUGCAUCCGGACAACAUUGUGCCUUUGUGACAACAUAAUAAAGUGGAGUUUACAGUGUGUGGAAACUAUGAAGCCGGAAAACAGAAUGAGGGCCCUCAACAUGGAGGACAGCCAGCCCCCGUCGCAGGCGCAGUCCACAAUCACUCUGGUCAAUAUCCACAACAUCAAACCCGAAAAGGAGGAUGAGUACAACCCGUUUGAGCACAGAAAACUGGCACAUCCUACAUCAACAUCAGGUGCGUUCUUCCAUCUUCUCAAAUCCUCGCUCGGCUCAGGCUUACUGGCCAUGCCUUACGCCUUCAAGAACACGGGUUUGAUUCCCGGAGCGAUCGGCACCAUAAUUGUGGCUGUGAUCGCGACGCAUUGCGUUCAUAUACUGGUGAGCACUUCAAGAGACGUCUGCAGGGUGUGCCGAUCACCUUUCCUGAGCUACACCGACACAUGUGAGAAGGUUUUCAAGUAUGGACCAGUGAGGCUACGGCGGUAUUCCACGCAUGUAAUGCAUUUUGCGGACUUCGCCAUGGCGGGAGUAUGUUUGGGAGGCACAAGUGUCUACGUAUUGUUCAUCGCUUCCUCGUUGCAAAAUAUCUUCGAUCACUUCUUCCCCGAGCACAAGUUCUCCAUCAUCGCUUACUGCGGGAUGCUGCUCAUCCCACUCAUCCUCAUCACUCAGAUCCGAUACCUCAAGUUCCUCGUGCCAUUCUCGAUGGUCGCCAACCUCUGCCUUCUGGUCACCUUCGGGAUCACCUGCUAUUACACCUUCACUGGCAUCCCUGAGAAGUCAAACGCUGAGCUGGCUACAAACAUCACUAAAUGGCCUUUAUUUAUAAGUACAGCAAUUUUCGCGAUGGAAGGCAUAAACGUGGUGAUGCCAGUGGAGAAUGAGAUGAAGAAGCCAGCCGACUUCCUCGGCUGUCCAGGGGUGCUGAACGUGACCAUGGUCUUCGUGGCAGCGCUGUAUGGGACGGUGGGGAUCUUUGGAUACAUCAAAUACGGGGAUGAGGUGCUGGGCAGCAUCACGCUGAAUCUGCCAGAAAAUGAAGCGCCAGCGCUAACUGCGAAGAUACUGGUAGCCAUCGCUGUCUUCUUCACAUACUGCCUGCAAAUGUACGCGCCUAUGGACAUCAUCUGGUCACGACUCCAGAAGUCGGUCGGGCAGAAGUACCAGAACAUGGGCCAAGUUCUGCUGAGGACGCUCAGUGUCACUCUGACCGUGAUCCUGGCCAUAGCUGUACCAGAUUUAGCUCUCUUGAUUGAACUUGUGGGCGCCAUCUUUUUCUCAACGCUGGGACUGCUCAUCCCCGUAGUGGUACAAACAGUCCACCGCUGGGACCGUGGGCUGGGCAAAUACCAGUACAUAUUGUGGAAGAAUGGACUACUAUUGUUGUUUUAUCUUUUAGUGUUACUGUCAGGUUGUUAUUCUGCUGUGAGUAAAUUAGUUGCGAAGUUUUUAUAGUCUUGAGUCUUACAGUUAAAAUAAAGUGCAUUUAGUGGUAAUGGUACUUAGUCAAGAUCUAUUUAUUGUAUGGUAAAUGUAUGAGUAAUGUUGAAUGGAUUGUAAGUUUUAAUGGUAAAUUCCUUGUUAUUACCUAUCAACAUGUAUUUUAAUGAUACUAAUAAGCUAUUGCUAUUUUUAUAACGUAGGUACAGCCAGUAUUACACAUUGUGCGAAUUCUGCUUCAGUAUUAAAAAAUAUUUUUUCAAAAAACUUAAAAUAAGGUAAUUAUAAAUGUAGGUAAGUUUCUUUCCGUGUUAGGUAUAAUAAAAAAGUAUUAAUUUUUAAUAGACUGCUCAGUUCUUGAAUAUACAAUUUUCAUACAUUUAAAAAUUUACUUUGUCUUUGUUUAAUUUAUUUAUUGAGAAACUCAACAGCAAUUUUACAAUAAUUUUUUUAUUGUCGAAAGUGACCCAAUUUCAACUUUUCUAUUUUUUUUGGCUCUUUUCAGUAAUAUCUCUGGUCUGUUUAUUGGACGAGAUUGUCCAAGGAUCAGUUGUUGUUGCCUAAGACAGAUGUUAUUUGUAAGAGAAAUAAGGUGAGUAUAGCAAUUAAAUACAAUUAUAUUUUUCCAUAUAUUAUUUUAUUAUUAUUAUCAACAAUCUUUUACAUAUUUCCAUCACGUGACAGUAAUGAGAACCAAAAAAAUUAUUUGACAUACAUAACAUCAUUUCCAUUAAGAUCAAUAUAUUGCUUAGAAUUUAAAAUAUAUUAUAUAUAAAUUAAUUAAUAUAUUAUAGGCGAUAUUUAAGUGAUAUUAACGCUUAAAAUGUGUGAUAUUUUUUCAAUUUGGUGACAAUGUUUUGGCAAUGGUCCCUUAAUGUAAAUACGGUGUGCUAUAAGCCUUUUAACAAUAUUAAAUAAAUAACUUGGUAAAAAUCCGGCAAAGGAUUUCCAAUUAAAAAAACAAUUAAAAACAUUUCCUUGUUAAAGUCCGAGCACGUAGAAUUUCGUCCAAUGACCCCAAGUUACCCAUACUUAUCGCUCACGCGUAAUUAUAUUGCUGUCGCGACUGUGCGACGGUCGGCCGCAGUGAGUGUGCGGAAGAAAUUCUACGUGCUCGGCGACCGGACUUUAGCUCAAAUAACGGUGAAUACAGGGUGUUUUGUAGAUCAAACAAAAGGAUUGUUUUACUGCUUAAAUGCAACAUAUUUCUCCACUGGACCCUGAGUUCAAAGUUCAAAUUAUAAAAAAAAAAGUUUUAUAACAAAUUGUCAUGAGCAAUCACUAAUUUUUUGAGGAGUUUAUGACAUUGUUCCUUGAUAUUUGAGUUCUACUACUCAAAUAUCAAGGAAUGAAUCCUCAGAGUUUUGCCGUAUUUAAUCCCGGAUAAAAUUAAAUAGAUUUAUUUGCAGCAACAACAUAGAUAUUAUAAGCUUAAAUAUUUCUUAUUUUUAACAUUUUCUGUUUACACACCUACACAACACUGAAUAUUACAUUUGCAAAUAAAUAUUUUUAUAUUUGAAUAGUUAAAUAUGAAAGAAACAAUAAGUAGGAAAUGUAUCACUUAAUCUAACUUUAUGCAUAUUAUAUUAAAUCAGUUUUUAUUUCAUUUAUUUCGUAUAAUGUAUAACGGCAAAGGAUAUUUUUAGGAAAGUACAUUAUUUAUAUCGAAAAAUACUUUUUUCUGUAACAACGCUCUUAUUUUUUAGCUAAAUUGUUAUUUGGCAUACUGUUAUUGACUAGAAUAUUUUGAGAUCAAACUUUUUUAUGAAAUGACUAUGGAUAUAACUUCAUUUAUAAUAUUAUUUACAUAAAUGAAUAACUUUAUAUUACAUUUAACUAUUAUGUUUAGCUGAAAUUAUACUAUUUCAUUACAUAAAUUUUCACUAAAAAUUCUUUUAACGAUUUUAUGCAUUCUGAAUUAUAUUAUUAUAGAUAUACGUACUUAUAUUUAUUAUUAUUACCUAUAAAUAAACUUGGAAUGUCAUUAUGCUAUACAACAUAACGUUAGUAAUUGAAAUAGUAAAUAUAUGACAUUAUUGUGCGACAUAAAUACUAGUACAGUAAAUAAGUCAUUUUGUAAUUUAUCUUACGUUAGUUAGCUGCCACUUAGUUGUCAAAAGGCAAGAAUAGAAUAAUAAAUAACUAUUUAUUUA